AUGUCUUCAACUGAAACUAUCGCUCGCCCCCGUCAGCCCGAUAUCCAAUACCAUCCUGACUGGGCGAAGUAUCAAGCACGAUCCCGCCAACGUAAGAAGAUUGAAACACUUCAGACUAGCUUGCCAGCAGGAUUUCCUCAACAUCUUGUCUCACCACUUGUUUGGGAUGGAAAAGAUAUUGAAAAGCGUGAUGACUGGAUCUAUCAGCUCAGCGAUGCUCAGCUUGAUGAGAUUGACGCCGCCUUGAUGAGCUUCAAAGGCGUUUCAUCUCAUAUUGGCAGUAUUAGGGGACGUCAGCAAGACACAAGACUGCAAGAUGGAACAUCUCCAAUGAUUUCGCAUAUCAAGGAUAUCACCGGCAUUACUGAGGAAGGAAAGAUCGGGGCACCAUCCAACACAGCGGAUAAGCAGAUGCGUGGGGAUAUUAUCUCACUUCUCUGCUUGAGUCCCGCCGCAGAUGCGGGUGAAAGCUAUCUUUCAAGCAGUUGGAACGUAUACCACAUUCUUGCAAAGGAGCGUCCUGAUCUGAUUCAUACCUCUCGCAAGACUGGCCGGUUGAUGGGUAGGUCCCCCAAGGCCAAGUUAAUAUUAAUACUCAUCGGCUAUAGGUUCAACAAUCCUCAGAAGCCAUACACACUUCGCCCCCCUUCUAUACCACCAACCAGCUACAGAAAACACGCCCGAGCGAGUUUUGAUUCAGUAUGCGCGGAGAUACUUCACCGGAUUUCUCGCUCAACCCAGAUCGCGGACAUCCCUCCCAUUACCGAGGCCCAAGCAGAAGCAUUAGAUGCGUUGCAUUUCCUAGCAGAGGAGCACAGCGCUGCCUUAGAUUUCCAAAAGGGAGAUGUCCAAUAUGUCAACAACCUCAGCAUAUUCCACGCCCGUAACGGCUUCAAAGAUGCACCGGGAAAAAGACGACAUCUUUUACGACUCUGGCUGCGCGACCCUGAGAAUGCUUGGAAGACGCCUGAGCCACUUCAGCAUCGCUGGGAUAUAUUGUUCAAAAACGUCACCGAGGACGAACAGGCAUUUCCUCUUAAUCCUGGUAGUCUGCGUAAGACAGUGGGGUCUUAG